UAUAAAAUCAGCUGUUUUCCAGAAAUUUUAGUUUUUUUUUUACUUUACAAGUGAAAUCCUUUUUCUAUGAGUGAAAUACUGUCAAUUUUGACUGAACAGUGCGUUUAAUUAAAUUAUUGUAUGACUAAAAAUGGCUGAAGCAGCUACAAAUACUAAUAUUAAACACGAUUGGUAUCAAACAGACACUAGUGUUGUUAUUACGGUUUUGUUAAAAAACGUUAAUGAAGAAGAUUUAAUAAUUAAAUAUGACAGUAAGAAGGUUACAGUUGAUGUUAAAGCUUUUAAUGUUGAAAAUGACAAUUUAACAUUUAAUUUGUUACAUGAAAUUGUACCAGAGCAGUGUGGUUGCAAAAUAACUCCUUCAAAGUUUGAAAUUAAGUUAAAAAAACUUGAUGGUUUGCGUUGGGAUAAACUUGAAGGAAAAGUUGAUAAAGAAAUCAAGGCCAUACCACAAGCAUCAGUUUCAUUGACAAAUGGCCCACCUGCCUACCCUACGUCUAAAGGUAAAGAUUGGAAUAAAAUUGAGAAAGAAAUAACACAAAAAGAAAAGGAUGAAAAACCUGAGGGUGAGGAAGCCUUAAAUAAACUUUUUCAGGAGAUUUAUGGCAAAGGUAGCGAUGAAGUUAAAAAGGCGAUGAACAAAAGUUAUAUGGAAAGUGGCGGUACAGUUUUAAGUACGAACUGGAAUGAAAUUGGUAAAGAAAAAGUCAAAAUACAACCCCCUGAUGGUAUGGAGUUUAAAACAUGGAAUUAAAAGAUUUUCUUUAUAAAUUUUUUUUUUUGUAAUAGUGAAUUAAAAUAUGAAUAAU